ACUGGGAGAGAUGGAUACCCGGGCCCGCUCGGCAUGGAUGGCAAACCAGGUCUCCCAGGUCCUAAAGGAAGUCAGGGACCAGUGGGACUCAAGGGAGAUAAGGGUGACCAGGGAGACAUUGGGCCCAGGGGCCCUCCUUCCCACAACUCAUACGCAGGUCUGCACAGUAAUCAGAUCCUCACCGUUAAGGGUGACCAAGGGUCCCCGGGCCCCAGAGGCCCUCCUGGGAACACAGGCAAGGACGGGCCCCGCGGCCCCGCUGGAGAACAGGGUUUCCCUGGUCUCAAUGGUGUGGAGGGACAAGCAGGUGUACCUGGAAAGCCGGGUGAAGAUGGCGAGCCAGGAUACCCAGGGCCACAGGGACCCCCAGGGUCAAAGGGGGAGGCUGGUUUGCUGGGAGAGAAGGGGGAGAGGGGCAUGGACGGACUCCCAGGGUUUAAGGGAGACAAAGGAGAUAUCGGAGAGCAAGGCACCCAGGGAGACUUGGGUUAUCCUGGUGAAAAGGGGGGUCCUGGCUCUACUGAGGUCAUUGACUUCAAUGGGAAGCUACUAGAAGCCUUCCAGGCCAUCCAGAAAAUCAGUGUCGGGGGCCCACCGGGUUUACCGGGGCCCCCAGGACCCCCAGGAGGAAAGGGAGAGCUCGGCUUGCCUGGGACAUCUGGACUAGAUGGGGAGAAGGGAGAUAUGGGGGAGACGGGGUCGAUCGGAGAGAAAGGAGAGAAAGGAGAGAUGGGUCUCUCUGGGCCAGGGGGGAUGGAUGGACAGAAGGGGGACAAGGGAGACUCCAGGCUGGAAGAUAACCUGGUUCAGAUGAUUUCUCAGCCAGGCCCUCCCGGCCCCCCGGGACCCCCUGGACCUACAGGGUACAUGGGCCAUCAUGGAACGCCUGGCCCUAAGGGAGAGCCUGGAGACAAAGCUAAAGGGGAGAAGGGAGACAUUGGACCUGCUGGACUGAGGGGUGUUGAUGGCCCUCAGGGUCCCCCCGGCUCCACAGGAUUGGUGGGUCUCCCAGGGACCAAAGGAGAGAAGGGCAAGUCUGGGGAGCCUGGAAUGGAUGGUUUCCCAGGCCUGAUUGGAGAGAAGGGAGACCGGGGAGACAGAGGAGACAAGGGUGACCGGGGGACGGUGGGGAAGAGAGGUCUGAAGGGCGGUAAGGGGGAGCAGGGUCCUCCUGGACUGGACCAGCCCUGUCCUGUGGGUUCUAGUGGGACUAAAGGACUUUCUGAUGAGGAGGUACAGUCCGCUCCUCCUCCUCUUCCUCCUUCUGGCCCUGAGGCCUCUUGUCCUUUGGGGCAGGAUGGACUGCCCAUACCAGGAUGCUGGCACAAGUGAUGACUAACAUCAAGCAUGGCCGCUGUACAUAUUGAUAUGGUAUAUAUUGCAACUGAAUACUACAUCGCAUUUAUGUUCUUUUUUUGCCUUUUUAUGGGAACGUUUUAUAUAAUAUAUAGAGAUUUUUUUGUUCGUUAUUUUGAGUCAACAAUAUUAACCAGACAGCAUAUAUCGAUCGAUACAGAUAUUUUUUGGACACAUAGACUCUGGAUAUAAAGUAAAAGGGAGUCAAUGAGACACAGACAUCUUUGAGAAACAUCAAGACAGAGAAAUAAAGCAGCAAACAGACUCCAAACCUAACGGACAUACAGACACAUGCUGGAAAGUAGAUGGAUAAGGAGAGUGGUCUUACUAAUGGAGUCUCGUCUGCCAUAUUGCUGCCUGGCCGUUCAUUUUGCAUGGGAGUGUGUGUGUUCGCGCCCCCCUGCUCAACCCCACGGAUGGACAGACCCCCUGGUGUGGUAAAUGGAGGAGUGGAGGUCAGUGCUCUCUUCUCCGCUCUCUGUUUUAUAAAGGAGGAGAAGGACGAGGAGAGGAGGAGACAGAAACUCAAACGCAAGCGUCUCGCUCUCUCUCAGCCCAGAGGGGAGAGCAGGCCUGGAGGACGGAGGGAAGACGUGGGAGAAACAGACAGUCAUGGGAGCAAAGAGGACAGACAACCUCUAUUGAGAGAGUCAUGAAACAGUUCCGUGCAAUUCAGUUCACUGAAGAAUAGUGAGAUCCUGCAUUAUGGAAAAAUACCAGUAGAGGGCGACACAACACUACAUUUACACUUUCACCUGAAGAGGAAUCUCACCCAUUGGCUGUUGUCGUUUUUUACCACACUCACAGUUGGUUCUGGGCUACAGAGGCAAGGAUUGUCCUACGAUUACAAAAUAAUAAUAAUAUAUGUCUGUGGAUUCACCCGACGGAUAUGAUGAAAGUGUUUUUAUGAUAUGAAGUAUGACAAUUUAAUUUGUUGCUCUUCUUUACUUUAGUGUUUCCAUUUAAUAAAGUGCAUGAUCAACACAAGUCACAGCAUUAUAUAAAGUAGCUUCCCCCAUACCAGCACACUAAGGCAAUAAGUUACUGAGGUAUUUACUUUGCAAAGAACAAUCUCUAGCAGUCUUUCCAUGUAAAAUGCCACGUAUCGUUUCUUUAUGCAGAUGUUGCUGUUUUUUGUGUGCGU